AUGACGCCAGUCACUACACAAGAUAGUGCCCUGUCCAGCGCUAUUGCGACAUCUGGUGUAAAGCAGCAGGUCGAUAAGUCCCUGUUCCCAGAUGGCUUCAAGACAACAGGUCAACAUCCGCCGAUAUACGAGCAAUUAUAUCCUUAUUCAGUCUUUCCCAAAUUUAUUGAUGUACCCACGAAAUGGGAGCCAACAACAUAUACCGAUAAUCCGGAACGAUGGGUACACCCUUUCUCAGCUUCAGAGAUAGAGGAGGUCGGUCAUGCCGCCGACAAGGUCAUUGCCGAGGGCACAUCAUUGACAGGUAUCACGAAAGACCUCUUCGUAUUGCCGGAUUUAGCACCAGCGCUUGCCUCGAUGCGCAACGAAUUAUUGAAUGGCAAGGGCUUCAUACUAUACAAGAACUUCCCAAUAUCAGAAUGGGGCAACCACAAAUCUGCGAUCGCCUACCUGGGUCUUGGUUCUCAUCUAGGCUACCCCGUCAGCCAGAAUGGCAAAGGUCAUAUUCUGGGUCAUGUUAAAGACCUCGGCGACGAUAGCACACAGAUUGACAAAGUUCGCAUCUACAGAACCAAUGCACGACAAUUCUUUCAUGCUGAUGAGUGCGACAUUGUCGGAUUGUUGUGUAUCGCAAGGGCAGAAGAGGGAGGUGAAAGUGAUGUCGCUAGCGUUCAUCAUGUUUGGGAUAUCUUACAGACGGAACGCCCAGAUGUUGCGGAGUUAUUGACCAGGCCAAUAUGGUACUUCGACCGCAAGGGAGAGGUCAGUGUCGGAGAGGAAGAGUACAUACGUGGUCCUGUAUUCUACCUCGAGACUCCACACCCAGCAGAUCCUGGCGGACAAGCAAGAGUCUACUGCAAAUGGGACCCCUACAACGUGCGAUCUCUAACACGCUUUUCAGACAAGGGCAUGAUUCCUCCUUUGAGUGCGGAACAAGAAGACGCUAUCGCUGUCCUCGAAGACGUCUGCGAUCGUGUGAAGCUACACAUGGUUUUGGAGGUGGGAGACAUCCAGUUCGUGGCGAACAGCCACACUCUGCAUGCUAGGACUGCGUAUAGAGAUCAUGCUCCUGAAAGUGGCAUGCCUAGGAGACACUUGAUGAGGUUGUGGUUGUCAACACCACAGAGCGAAGGUGGUUGGAGACUGCCUUUUUGGGACGCUGAUGAGAAGAAACGUGGUGGUGUUCAGGUCGAUAAUGUGCCUCCUGUUGCAAGACUCGAUGCUGAUUGA